AUGUGUCAUUACACUAAGCUUGUUGUUUUGUCAAUUGGUGCCAAUAGACUUGAAGGUCAAAUUCCACGCCAAUUCUCCACAUUAACCAAGAUGAAACUACUCAGUUCGGGUGUCAACAAUUUGUUUGGAACUAUCCCACCUUGGAUUGGGAAUUGUUCUUCAGUGUUUCGCAUGUCAUUGGCAAAGAACAAUUUUCAAGGAAGUAUUCCCACUGCAUUUGGACGACUAUCUAAAUUGAAAGUCUUCACAGUUUAUGAUAAUUAUCUGACAGAAAUAGAUCUUUCUCAGAAUAACCUCACUGGAAAACUACUCGAUGACUUGGGGAGCUUAAAGGACUUGGUGAUACUCAAUUUUGAUGACAAUAUACUUGGCAGUGGAAAGGUUGAUGACUUGAGUUUUAUCAAUUUUUUGGCCAAUUGUACUGGUUUAAGUAUGUUGGGUAUUGCUGGGAAUCAUUUUGGAGGAGUAUUGCCUUCAUCUAUUAGUUAUCUUUCAAACCAGUACUCACAAGCCUAA